AUGCAGCAGGUCACGAAUUCAAACUAUCUAGUAUUGCACAGCGGUCAUCCACCGUUCAUCCUGUCUGCAGGUUUAAGGCCGGAUUGCACGAGGUAUUGCGUUAUCCUUAGUUAUGAUUCUAGAAAAUUUGCACAAACAUCCCUAUAACUGCGGUAUCUAUUCAUCUACUAUUGUGCAGCAAGUAAAGCUUAUAUAUAUAGUAGAAGUAUAAUCUUAAUUUGUGAGAAUUUUACCCGAUUCCCAUCAACGCAUUGAUAUUUCACGGGAACGACUGACUGAGAAUUUUGUCGGCCGUAGAAACAACAAGGAAUACGAAUUAAGCGAGAAAGACUUCACCGUAGCCAGUGAAUCGUGA